GUUACAUGGACCCGCUGACACACCACGAGUACACGGUCGCCAGUGAACUACCAGCUACGUAAGUGGAUAUGCUCCUGAGUCUACACAAUACUCAGUACGCUGCUACCCACUGCCUGCCAUGAACUAUGACCCAUCUCUUUCAGGUAUAUCUUCAAAAUAAAUAACCAACAAGUGUCUAUGGACCCUCGAUACUCCCGAGUGCUGUCCAAUUAAAGCACUGACGCCAGUCCAAGCAUAAUGUUCGAAAAAUCGCUUUAUGACCUUAUCAAAGGUCUUAGAAAUCACAAAGGGGCAGAGGAUGAAUACAUACAAGAUAGUCUACGAGAGUGCAAGGCUGAGAUCAGGUCACAAGAUACGGAUAAAAAGGCUACUGCACUUUUGAAGUUGAUUUAUCUGGAAAUGUUUGGAUAUGAUAUGUCAUGGGCUUCUUUUCACGUUUUAGAAGUGAUGUCGUCGGCAAAGUAUCUUCAGAAACGAGCAGGGUACCUUGGAGCAGUGCAAAGCUUUAGGCCAGAUACAGAAGUACUAAUGCUGGCGACGAAUCUUUUAAAGAAGGAUCUCGUAUCUCAUAGUAUCCCGAACAUGUCACUUCCACUCAUCACACUACCAACUAUUGCGACAACAUCCCUUGCUAUGUCUUUGCUUCCAGAUGUCUUGUCCAGGAUCUCUCACACUCACGCAGUGGUUCGGAAGAAGGCCGUCAUUUGUCUCUAUAGACUAACCUUGGCUUAUCCGGACGCGCUCAAACUAGCGUGGCCUAAGAUUGAAGAAAGGCUCAUGGAUGAUGAAGAGGACACUAGCGUCACCACAGCAGUGCUGAAUGUUGUAUGUGAACUAGGAUGGCGAAGGCCUCAUGAUUUCCUGCCUCUUGCACCAAGGUUUUUCGAGUUGCUGGUGGAUGGAGGCAACAAUUGGAUGGCCAUAAAGAUAAUAAAACUUUUUGCUACGAUUACCCCGCUCGAACCGCGCUUAGUUCGAAAGCUGCAUCGUCCAUUAGUGAAUAUAAUUCAGACAACAACGGCAAUGUCAUUACUCUAUGAGUGUAUUAAUGGACUGAUCCAGGGCGGUAUACUUGAUGGUGAUGCGGGAAUCGAAGAGAAAGAUGAAAUCGCAAACUUAUGUGUUGGUAAACUACGGGGCAUGGUGGUUUCUGACUCUGAUCCAAACCUCAAAUACGUGGCUCUCCUGGCCUUCAAUAGGAUUGUCCUCACAUACCCGGUGUUAGUCUCAAUGCACCAGGACGUGAUAAUGCAUUGCUUAGACGAUCCCGAUAUAUCAAUCCGCCUACAAGUCCUUGAGCUCGCAACGAGAAUGGUCACAAGUGAUACUUUACAGUCAAUUGUUGAUAAGCUAAUUUCGCAACUCACGAAUUUUCGACCAUUGGAGAAGGAACGGCACCUUGAAAUUGCGGAAAAGCCUAUCGAAUGGAGCUAUGAGUCACCAAAAAAAUCGACAAAUAAAGCGCCUCUCGUAUUGCCAGUUGACUAUCAGGUACAAGUCCUGCAUCGCAUUCUAGACAUAUGCUCUUAUGAUAAUUACUCAAACCUACCAGACUUCGAAUGGUAUGUCGAUGUCUUAAUACGAUUGGUGAGACUUCUUCCAGCAGACAUCGAAGAUAAUUCUUUACUACAUGUUCCACAGGAAGAGCGUGAAAACCAAGACCGAAGUCAUAUAACGGGCCGGAUUGGAUCUGAGAUUCGCAACAUUGCUGUCCGUGUUCGAGAUGUGCGGAUGGAAGCAACUAGGGCAGCGGAGUCAUUGAUCCUAGUUGAUAACAGACAAGCCCUCUUGCCUGGUGUACCAGCCUCGACCAAUGGUUACCUAGGACCUCUUGCAUGGGUUGUCGGUGAAUAUGCGGGAUACCUUGUGUCACCCGGACAAACUCUCUACGCACUAGUUGAUUUGGCCAAUGUGUCAUUACCAGGGAGAACCCUUUCCCUUUUCGUGCAGGCUAUUCCCAAGGUUCUUGUCCAUAUUAUUCGCGAUGGCGAUCAACAAUGGGACUCUAGCAGGAGAAGCGAAAUCGCACUCAUUCUCGUGCGGGUUAUCAGGUUCCUAGAGGCUUUGGGGGCACAUCCAGAUCUAGAUGUGCAAGAAAGGGCCAUUGAGUUUCUAGAGAUCAUGCGAUUAGCAUCAGACGCCGCACGUUCAACAGGUGUUGAUUCUUGCGACAUCCCUUUCUUACUGUCUUCGGUGAUUCCUAGUCUAUUUGAUGGGCUCGAACUAAACCCGGUUUCUGUUAAUGCCCAAAGGAAAGUCCAAUCGCCGGAGCAGCUGCAUCUACAACAAGCAUUUAACAACAGUCUCUGGGAACUCUUCGAUCAUAGUCCCGGACAGUCUCUUGUGGAAAGCAAAUUGCCAUUCCAUGACUUCUAUUACAAUCGAGAGACAUCAAUGCUGGAUAAGCAGGUAGUCGACUGUGUCCCAGAUGACAUGCAAUUGACUUCAUCUUUCCGAAACACUGGAAGUGAUUUUGAAGAUGCACCUGCUCUUGCGAGGCGCAAAUUAGGUCGAAAAGAACGCAGUCGAGACGAUCCAUUCUACAUCGCGACUGAUACAUGGCCUGGGAUAUCUCAAACGCAUCGCCCAUCAUUGCACACAUCGGAUGGUGGCGAGCUAGAUAUUGACUCCAUCCCGAUCAUUGAUCUCAGGUUGCAUGAAACGAGAGACCGACGGAGUGAACGCGUGGCUUCUCCCAUACCUGGCGAAAAUAGCUCAAAGGUCGGGUCACGCCAUAAAAAAUAUCACGUAAUUCAGGACGAGAUGAUCGGCCACGAUGAGGGUGUGGGUACUGAAGACACUAGUGCCCCUAACAAAUCGAACCGGUCACUCCUUUUGGUGGAUUCUAGCGGUCUACAACGCCUUUCUUUGAGGGAAGAUAGCAUGUCACCGCAAAUCUCCAAGAAUGUUGGCAAAAUCGAGGAUGAUGUGGAAAUGGUAAAGGCCAUGCAGCAAGUAGAGAGAUUUCGACUGGAAAUGGAAAGGGAGUCGGAGCGAGUUCAUCCGACAGGAAUCCCCUCAGAGGGGACGUUGGUCAAGAAGAAGAAGAAGCGGGUAAAAAAGCCCAUGAUCCCCGAAUCGCGCGGGAACUAUGAUAAGCAACACUCGAUUGCUGAUGGGGAUGAGAUGCGCAAACCGACAAAGAAGAAGGACAGGAACAGGUCACAACACCCGCUUGACUGAUGCAUAAUGUAUCUAGGAGAAACAAGGGAGGAGGAAAUUGGUAAAUUAGUAUCUAUAUCAAGAACUCGAGAUACGCAACCUGCGCUUCCCACCAUAUAUUUUAUGGCAGGACGAGCAAGCCACGAGAUCAGCAGGCAGAACGCAAAACAACAGACACUAAAUAUCAAUCGCAGCAGCGCUAAUAUUGUCGUCGCGGUGUAGAAGAGCAACGACUCCAGGCUGCCACCAAUCCGGUG